AUGAGCACUGCAAAGAGCGCGAGCAUCUGGAUCCUGAGCUUCGCGGUCGCGGCCUUGGCGACACCACAGCUCCUUGUGGAGGCCCAGCUUUGCAACACUGACACAAGCGCCACUCAGACCUUCCUCGCAGAAAUUUCGUUUGAGGGCUGUGCUUGGACUGGCUUUGGGACCACUCCUAACCUCAUCUCUUUUGACGAGCUCCGGAUAUUGGCCGAAGGUUUCUAUGAAAGUGGGCAUCCCCUGCUGAACGAUUAUAGCUUGGUCGAAAGGCUGCUGGCGAGAAAGAGGGAAGUGGCUGCUGUUUGCCCCUUUGCCGUCUUGCAGGCCAUGCUGCUUCAGAGUGAGCGGCUGCUUGUCAACAUCUACAGAAGUUCGGCCGAAAGCGCAGAUGUUCAUGCCAUACAGUUUAGCGAAGCUUCUCAGCUGAACCUCGAGUUCAACCUGCUGCAAGCAUGGCUUCAGGAGCAGCUGCGACUGAACAGGAGCGAGCUUUCCAGUUCGUCGAAAUGGCCCUUGGUGAAGGGCUGGCGGAGGGUCAACCGCUACUACGAUUUGCUCUGGCAGGAUGUCUACGACUCCGAGGAAGCCUGGAGCAGAAUGGAAGGAGAGAAAAGCGUCUCGGACGAGGAGUACCACAAAUUCUUCUUUGACGUCGUCGACACUUUCGAGGCGCUCCACGCGGAGUGGUGGCCCUGUAGGGGCACCCUGAUCGCCUUCCUAAGGCACGGCGCGCGCAGCGGCAGCUUGUCUUCUUCGAAGAAGAAGGAUGUGGUGGACCAGGACAUCGACGUGAUGCUCGGCGUGGAGGACGAGGCAAGCUUCGAGGAAAUCGGGCGAUCCGUGGAGAACUUGCUGAGGAAAAAAGGCUGGGACCGUUGCUGGACGAAGAGCUCCCAAAGCGCACAGCAAAGCGCCCAAAGCUUCGAAACUGGCGCCCUGCGCCGGGAUCUGCUGUACUGCGUGCACACGGGCCCGCCCUACAUGAUGCUCGACGUGACGUCAUACGUUACCCUAAGCCACACGGAGCCUCAGAUGCCUUACGUCUUUGUACACCGGGUCUGCGAGAAGGCCCUCAUGCAGGGCCUUCAGGGCCUUGCUGCAGGUGUGGAUGGGAGGACCGGUGAGCGCUGCGUGGUUCCGCCCAAGCUGGGACCGCUCCAAGAAGCAAGCGGCGGUUUGGCGGUGCUCUUUAAAGAGGCGAUCUAUCCUUUCAAAAAAUGCAAGGCAUUGAGGCGCUCAAUCCCCUGCCCCAACAAGCCACUGGACACCCUCAUCGCCAUGUCGCACAGUGGCCUCUCCACUUCCUGCAUUGCCCUUCCGGAUACUAAAGGUCGCGGUGACGACCCUUUCACGAGGCAGUUGGCCUCGGAGGGCCUCAACUCGGAGGACGUCCGGAUUCUGCAAGACCGCGCACAAGAUCUGGAACGCCAAGGAAUUGCCCGAGCCUCCCCGGCCGUUGCCGUUGCCUACACUCCCCCCACGAGCUUGGGAGGUUCAGAUGGCGUCUUUGUGCUAAGGACCGGCGAGCCGACCGUGACACGUGCCUACGUGCAGGCGAGUUCCCUGAAGCGAGACAGCCAGUGGCGCCGGCUCGACGAGUUGCGGCCCGCACAUACCGAGCAACGCGCGGAGGCUUCCACCACGCUGGUACAUCUGAGCGGUAUGUGUGUGAAGGCGCAGGACGAUGUCACAGGAGAGGAUUCCACGGUGCUCGUCUUCUCGGACUGUGCCGACGAACCGGCCAAGAAUCUCCACUUCGAAGCGAAAGGAGGAACAUACCUCUUCCAGCUAGGGCGGCAGUGCGCUCAUCCGGACGACAGCCCGGAAGCCUCCUCGGAGCCGCGUUUGUCCUUCCCUGCGGACUGCAGCUCCAACAGGCACAUCCUCAGCUUCCAGAAACUUGCGGAGGACGAGCAGCUUCCCGGUUUCCUCAUUCAGUUCGUGGGAGGUGCCGUUGAGUAUUGCAUCCAUCCGUACCAGGGAAGUGAGAGUCCAAGCGACGGCACGGAACUCAUCAAUCACGUGCAGUGCGACCGAGGUCGCAGGGCCCUGAGAUUUCGCGUGGGUGAUCCGGAGCAGCUCGCCAAGGAGGAGCCGCAGCUGAAGAAGGCAUUGGGGAAUCCGUUGAUCCCGGUGCCGCAAGAGGAACCGUGCUCUUACUUCGGAGAGGGCAAGUCGCAGAGUUCGCGGCCGGGGAAACCUUGCAUCCCGCCUCCGCCUUUCUGGCCAUACACUGGUGUGACGGAGUGGCGAACAGAACUCGGACGGCGCAUUCUGGCUGCAGUGACGCCCACGGAGGACGUCUCAGAGGCCAAGUGCGGCGGCUAUUUCUUGCUGGGUGACCAGACGUGGUGCAACCGGGCCUUCGACGGUAGCCACGGCUACGGGCAGGUGGGCUUGUCCUUCGGCAUCGAGGUGCGGCGCUAA